CAUCCCCCAGCUGCAGCAUGUUGCCCUGGAAAUAACAGUCACCACUUCAGGACGAGGUGUUCCCCUCGUGUUUGGACGCGUUUGCCCUCAAACUGUACGGUCACGCGAAAGCCAUGGCCGAGACGUCAACAUGCGCCUUCUAAAAGUCGUUCCACGUAAAGAAGCAGAGUCCGAAUUUAUUUACUUCUCCGGAUACUGUAGUGUAACGCGACGCCACUUCCGCUUUUGAAAUUCACUACAUAAAACUGCAUUUUCUUUGGGGUCAAGCUCUAAUAAAAACAAUAAUUCAUUUAUAUAAAAGCCUUUACGUGGUAAAGGUUAAAAUAAAUUAAUAUAAACAUAUCCAAAGUAAAUGACAAACAAAUGACAUUGUCUCAAGCACUUCCGGGUCAAAGGCAACGAACUGCGGUCACAUGCUCCUUGUGUUCCAAAUAUCUGCAUUCUCCGCUUUGUCGAAGAUGACUGCAACAGUGUUGCGACCUCGACUUGCGUCCUACUUCAAGUCCUUCAGCAGAGGAUCAUGUCUCACCGGCUGGACGUCUCUUGAAGUGCACUCUAAUCUGUCUGGAUUCCAAACCAAUUAUCGUCGACCUGAAGUUCAACCUCUCCGCCGCUACACAGACUUGUCGACGCUAAAGUACAACAUGAUUUACACUUUCCCACACAUUAAACUCCUCAGAGCGGUUUCCAGGAUGAAGUUACUGCAGACCGGACUGACGGUUGUUGUGCUGCCGCCAGUCUACUCCCUCUACCUCCUUGGAGACGCACCCCUCUCUCUUGUCACCUACUCGACAGGAAUAGCGCUGUUCGCCGGCAUCAUGCUGUACACGGCGAGUCACUUCUUUCGGCGGGUGGUGGGGAUGAUGUACUUGGACCCGACCCAGACCACGCUCAAAGUUUCCCACCUUACAUUUUGGGGCAAGAGACAUGAUCUGUACCUGCCUGUGGCCGAUGUGAUGCCUAUUGCGGACACUGGGGACUCUGCAAGUGAGGUCGUCUUCAUGCUGAAGAGAUACAGUACUGUGGACACGCUGUAUUUCUUCUCUCAUCAUGGACGAAUAGUGGACAAACAAGGAUUUGAGAGGGUUUUUGGGAGUUUGUAAUAACACUAAUUUAUUUAUUUAUUUAUUUUUAAAUAAUGUAAUGUUAUUUAUGGAUAAUACUCAGGUAAU